UCUAUUAAAAACUAGGAUUUUAUUUUUAUAGAUAACGUUGUGUUAUUUGUAGUAGCAUUGACAGGUUGUGAACUUCUUGUAUGUGCUAGAAAUGACGAAUUUAUUGAAUGAUAAAGGAGAAUCGUUCGCAAAAGUUCUGGACUAUGAGGGGUAUUAUUUUCCCAACCAUCUUGGUGCCCAACCGGACGUUGAUGUUACCGAAUACCUCUCUGGCUUAAAUGAGCUCACUUUUGAAGAUGGUGAAAUAUGUAUAGUUUCGUAUCUUAAAUCAGGUACACACUGGAUGUAUGAGAUAUGUAACAUGCUAAAAAAUGGAAAUUCGGAAUAUAUGGACAGAUUGGUUCCCAUCUUCGAUUACACGCCGAGGAAGGACUUGGAAGCCGCCCGCAAAAUGAACGGUGUCCAUACUUCACAUAUGUAUCCGCGACACCUGCCGAAACAUUUCUUAGAGAAACGUUGCAAGAUCAUCCACAUAUAUCGGAACCCAAAAGAUGUUGCAGUGUCAUACUUUAACUUCAGCAAAAAAGUAAAGUUUUACAACACAGAAGAUAUGUGUUUUCCAGAAUUUUUGAGACAUUUCGUCAGUGGAGAAGUUCCAUGUAGUGGUUGGGUCAACUGGAUAAAAGAAUGGAAGACAUUUCAGAAAGAAAACCCUGAUUAUCCAUUUUUUGAAAUAUCGUACGAAGACAUGAAAAGGAAUCUGAAGAAGGCUGUUCAAGAGAUAUCAGAUUUUCUUGAUCUUGGGUCUUCUCCCGAAUUGAUUGAAGAAAUAGCCAGGAAAUGCGAUUUUGAUAACAUGUCUACUCAUAAAAACUCAAAUAUACCCAAAAGCAUGCCAAAUAUAACAAGGAAGGAAAAUUCACAUAUUUUUUACAGAAAAGGUGGAGUAGGAGACUGGAAAAACCACUUCACCGUGGCUGAAAACGAGGCUUUUGAUCAGACAUUUGGACCCAAACUAGCAGAACUAGGAUUGAAUGUGACAUAUGAACUCUAACAAGGUCUUUAGUGAUAUAAACCAGGGUCACGUAUUACAAAAUAACUGACAAUGAAAUCUAACGAGUUUAUUUGUUUCUUAUAUUCUGUAGCUGGAAGAGAACGUUCACAGGCAUUAAUGACAGCUGUUCAAUCCAUUUCAUUAAUUUGAAUAAAUACAUUUUAAACAACA